CCGGUGCCGGUGGCCGGGCAGCGCCGAGCCCCGCGGAGCGGCAUGGCCGGGGGCCGGGGGUGCUGCCGCGGCCCGGCCCUGCCCGCAGCGCUGCCCGCAGCCCUGGGGCUCUGCCUGCCCCUCUGCCUGCUGCUGCCGCUGCCCGCCGCCGCCUGGAGCCCGGCCCUGCUGCCGCCCGCCGCCCGCAGCAACUGGUGCUCCUACACGGUGACACGGACGGUGUCGUGCCACGUGCAGAACGGGACCGUCCUGCAGAGGGUGUUCCAGGGCUGUCGCUGGCCCCUGGCCUGCAGCGGGGGCAGCUACCGCGCCGUGAUCCGGCCCCUGUACGGCGUCACCUACAGGACAGUGACAGCGCUGGAGUGGCGCUGCUGCCCCGGGCACGGCGGAGCCAAGUGCCAGCGAGGCGAUGCCCCGCAGGGGGGUCCCCCCGCGCUGACCCCCGUUUCCUCGGCAGAGGCUCCCACCCUCCUCACCCUGCGCCGGCCCCCCCUGCACCCCACCGCCUUCUCAGGGUGCCUGAACUGCAGCCGUGUCGGGGAGCUGGCAGCCCGGCUCGCCACCCUCGAGGCGCAGGUGGCCCGGCUGGCGGUGGCCGAGCCCCCCACCCCAGCAGCACCCAGAGGCAGCGCCCCGGGCGGGGGUCCCGAGGCCGGGCGGCUCUGGGGGUCCCCGGCCGCCCGCGGGAGCCCUGGCGAUGACGGGACAUCCGGCUGGAGGGGCCCCCCCGGCCCCAAGGGCGACGUGGGAGGACGGGGACCCUCGGGAAUUCCUGGAGUGAAGGGUCCAGUGGGGCCACCAGGUCCCCCCGGGCCCCCGGGACCGCCCGGCCGGGAUGGAGCCAGGGGGCUCCCCGGAGAGAGGGGGUCACCCGGCCCCCCCGGGCCCCCGGGGCCCCCCGCCCCUGUGGGGCCAGCGAUUCCCCGGCUGGCCGAGCCCGGGGGAGGGUUUGCACCAGCUCCGGGAGGCGCUGAAGAUUUUAGCGGAGAGGGUUUUAAUCUUGGAAACAAUGAUUGGGCUCUACGGCCAGUAGCUUCCAAACCCUCCUGCGGCAGCAGGCCCGGCUGGAGGUCCUGGCUAGAAGGGUCACCUUGCUGGAAGCCAUCAUCUGGCCAGAGCCAGAGCCCGGCUCGGGCAGCGGUGCCAGCAGCACGGCGACCCCGCGGGUGGCCCGUGGCAAGCGUGGCAGUGGCCGCCCCCCGUAUCGCAUCGUCACCCCGCCCCGCCGGGCCCCCCCCGGGCCGUGACACAGCCGGGGGCGCCACCCGGGUCACCCCCCGCCGUGCCACCCUGGGGAGCAGGACGGGGUCACCCCCUGUCCCCCCUCUUGGUGCUACUGGUGGCACGGCACCGCCCCCGCCCCGCUUCGCCCCCAUCGCCGCUGCUGAGCCCCCGGGAGGGCGAGGGGUGUCCCCAGCCCCACUGGUGUCCCCAGCCCCACUGGUGUCCCCAGCCCCACUGGUGUCCCCAGCCCCAUCGGUGUCCCCCCGCUCCAAGGUGCAGCUCCGAGGGGAUGGAUUCUGGCUCAUCCCAUUCCCACCGGGCACCCCGGGCUGGGGGAGGGGAUUGGGGGGGGGCUGGGGGAGGGGACCCCCCCCCCCGGGUGGGGACCCCGCUGCGCCCCCGCGCUUCGCUGCUUCGUGACCCGCGAGGUUAUUAAAUGUCCCCAAAUCCG